UGUUGUGUCACAAACGGUGCGCACACUUCAUUUCAUUGAAUGUUUAGAGAUUUUGCCUGGCUACCGUUGUGGUUUAAGUUACCAAAAAAUGAAACACAUUUCGAAUGUGCCCGCGUUUCUGACCAAACUGUGGAGGCUGGUGGAGGAGCCGGACACCAAUGAACUGAUCUGCUGGAGUCAGGGUGGUGGCAGCUUUAUGGUGCUAGAUGAGCAACGGUUUGCCAAGGAGAUCUUACCGAAGUUCUUCAAGCACAACAACAUUACCAGCUUCAUCAGACAGCUGAACAUGUAUGGAUUUCGGAAAGUACUGCACAUUGACUCUGGUAUUGUGAAACAAGAAAGAGAUGGCCCUGUUGAGUUUCAGCACCCUUAUUUCAAACAUGGCCAGGAUGAUCUACUGGAAAAUAUCAAGAGAAAGGUGUCCAACACUAGGCCAGAAGAAAAUAAGACUUGCCAAGAAGACCUUUCCAAGAUUUUAUCAAGCAUUCAGAAUGUUCAUAGCAGACAGGAGAACACAGAUGCUCGACUGUCAACACUAAGAAGGGAAAAUGAAUCACUUUGGAGAGAGAUCUCUGAUUUACGACAAAAACAUUUACAGCAACAGCAGCUUGUCAAGAAGCUGAUUCAUUUCAUUGUCACGUUAGUGCAGAAGAACCACAUCCUGAAUUUAAAGCGCAAAAGACCAAUUCUGAUGAACAGUAAAGGAAAGAAACAGAAGUACAUCCAUCCCAUUUUUGAAGACAAGGUUUUCGCGGAGCAGUUGCCUGUCAACACUCUUGAUGUUGUCAAAGGUUCAGAGACAUUAGAGGACGUCAUAAUCUGUGACAUAUCGGAGAAGAGCGGCAAGGCUGAGGACUCAGAGGGGUCCCCUAGGGUCUUCGAGCAAAGUGACAUUGAGAUUGUGGAGGUGGAACUGCAUGGCUGUGCCCCUGCCGAGGAAGUAGCCAGCAAAUCGACUGGAACUGUGGAACAGCAGAGGGGCGACACUCUUGGCAGUAAUGGAACCACAAGCGGUCCCCUGCAGCUCAAUUGGACAUCCAGCUUAAGUUUAGAGGACCCUGUCAAGAUGAUGGACUCGAUACUAAACGACAACAACACUUUAACACAGAACAUUAACUUGCUGGGCAAGAUGGAGCUGAUGGAUUAUCUAGGUAGUAUUGACUGCACUCUGGAGGAUUUCCAAGCCAUGUUGUAUGGAAAACCAUUUGAUGUGGAACAUGAGGAUAAGUCCAUCAAGGAAAGUCCCUUGCAGCUGCACUGCACCAAGUUAGAUGAGGAGUGCAAUGCAGAUAAGCAGCUCAUCCAAUUCACCUCAUGCCCCCUCCUGGGCCCUCUUGAUGGCUCCACCACAAUGGAUCUGGACUUGGGAACAAGCAGUGGAACUAGGUCGACCCUUCAGUUGACCUGUGAAUCUGAGCCCCCAACAGAACUGCUUGACUCGGUUCCGGAGCAGAAGUCAACGGGCCACAGUUCCUUGAUACAUCUUGAGCCCCUGACUGAGGCUGAGGCUAGCGAAGAGACCCUCUUUUUCCUAAGUGAACUCGGGGAGACGGAAGGAUAUCCUUCGGACUUGGACAAAGUGUGCACAUUUUCUUGAUACAUCACAUAUGAUCAAGCUGCUGUUGCUGACCCCUCCCUUUUCAUAGCCUCAUUUAAAUAUGCCAAUACUAUCACCCCUGUCUUUCAUGAUCAGAAACCCUGCAGACAAGAGGUCAAUAUUUAGAUUGCAGAAUUACUCACCCAAACAUGACAGCACCAAGUAUAUAUGGCACAUCACACGACACACGCCACUAUUUUCGUUGUUCAGAUUGGAUGUCCGUCCAUAUUGUGCUGCUAAAACAGGACUGUUUUCGUGUGAUACACUGUUCAUUAAUGUUGACUGAUGAUUUAGGUUGGUUCUGGGGAUGCACAUGUGCAGCCUUGUGUGAACUUGGCAACCAGAGAUGUUUGUUGCAUCAAUGGAAUGUUGAUGUGGAAAACAAAUGUGUGGUCACAACUGUGAAAAGGGCACCAAUGAAACAGGAUCCAUAGUGAAAGUGCUUUUCCUGCAACCCAGCGAUGGCUUCCAUUACACCAGGAAAACCCGCUCUUGAAUUUAUAGUUAAUGUGUGUUUAUUGUUCAUGUGUCGCCUCGCGGUGCUGCCAAGUUGGUGUAAAGCAACACAGGUUUCUCCGCUCAUGUUCAGGGUUGAUACAUACAGACAUAUGGAUAUGCCACAUUUUUCUGCGUACACACCCUGAUACAUGAGGUCCCCGGUCUGUAAAGACAAAUCAUAUCUUGUGAAUAGGGCUGGGUAUCGAUUCUAAUUUCAAGAAUCGAUUCGAUUCCGAUUCUCAUGACUUAGAAUUGAUUAUCACAAUUCAAUUCGAUCCGAUCCGAUCCAAUCUCGAUUCAGGUUAGUAUUUAAACCAUUUUCUGAGCUGUUGUCAUAAUCACACGACAAGUUACGCAACGUAUUACUACUAGUAUCAUAUUGACAUUCAACAGGAAAUUAAUGAAGGAUUCAUAGUAAAUGAUAAUAAAGAUCCAGACACAGAAGGCCAGAUGUGACUGCUCAUGGGACUGGUGCGUUAUUAGAAAUAUGACAUUAAAAAUUCACCCAAAAGCUGCUGCUUUUUCAUACUAAUGCGUUUUUAUGUUAUUAUCAAAAUGAAAAAAAGAUAUUCUCAGCCACUGAAAGUCUAAACAGAGUGCUGGUUACUGACUUCACAGCAACCUGACGGUCGUUGCGCAGUAUGUAAACAGUUCUCUGUGGUCUGUAGUACGUACGACAGGAGGUUCCACUCCUCAUCAAUAUAGUGAGUUGCCAGAUUCGUGUAAGAUUGAGAGAUGUCCACGUAUGUCCACCCUGACUGCUGACUGAAGCUUACUCUCCACGUUUUCUUUUACUGACUGGUGCAUGUUUGUGAUAACAGACGUUUGCGAGGCACCAUAACGUAGUGUGGCUCUGUUAAGUAACAGAGCCGCCUGAAGCCCUCGUUUUCAACGACGGAAUACAGGCGCAUAUCUUUGCAAAUUAAGCCCGCAAUCGCUUCAGUUAUUUUGACCGAGCGUGCAGAAUUACCCGCUAGUGGUAAAGUUCGCUCGAGUUCCAUUUGUUGUGGCCCGGUGGAUGGCUUGGAAAGGAGCGCUGGGUGAUGUCGCGUCACGUGAUUCGUGAGGUCGUCAAAGGGGUUGGAGAGAACCCGGAGAGUAUGUGUUAAAACGUAAAUUGAUUAAUCCGAUCUUUGGACCUACGAAUCGAUUCAGAAUCGGAAAAUCGAUUUUUUAAACACAGCACUACUUGUGAAUGCAAAAUAUGGCUUUAAUAUAUAUGUACCUUCUUUCAUCUGCUGUGUCCUAUAUUCAACUCAGUCUUGGCUGUCCUGUCAUUUCUGGUGCCUCUAUUUUCAAUAUCUUGCUUAUUAAAGUGUGCUGAUUGGUAAGGAUAUAGACAACAAAAUAGGUUUCUGGUUUGAUUUAUUUUAGCAAGUUCUAAAAUGACCGCGGGUGAAGGACAGACAAGUCACAUCUCAAAGCAGACUUUACAAGAACCACUGAGCCACAACACUCAUUAAAUAUUGAGAGCAAAUAAGGAACAUAAAGAUCAGGAUCACAGUAGAGCGUUACAACUACAUGUGAACACAACAAACCAAGUGUACUUUAACUUCCAGACACUAGAGCACUUUUGCAUCUGCUGUAAAUGUGAAAACACGGAAAAGCAUGCAGCUCUAUACAUUUAGUGGUGUAGCCAAAAGCUGGCGCACUCAGUCGAAGUCUCGGUUGACCAGAACCAACGGGGCCACCAGGGUCCACACAUAGAGGGCGAUGCAGAUCCAGCUUGAUGAGAUCUUCACCCACACAGAUGGCCACUUACUGGUCAUUACCUCAUAGUUAGAGUCCGGGCUGUGGGGGUGUAAGUACCAAGUUAGAUGUCACAGCAAAUACAGAAUGGAAACAUGGUUGGUCUUCAAUUUUAUCAGGAGCCAAGCUGUUUCUAUACCUGUACCAGUUGGUCAGUGUCAUCAUGAUGUAAAGCGAAGCCAGAAAGAGCAUGAAGUGAAAGAAGGAGUAGGAGUAGGUGACACCAUCCUUCUCGUUGUCCACCACUCGGCUUAAACUGCUACCCUCUUCAAUGCUGUCAGGUUGAGGUCCAUCUUCAAUCAGAGCUGACUCGUCACUGGUAAGUGUCAGCUUGUUAACUUGUGUAUUGGACGAGUUACGGAUACUGGCAAGAGAGAGAUGAGUUCAGACAAUGUUGCCAUGUCCACAGCGCAGCGGGCUUCCUCACCUGGAGUAGAGGACGCACAUCAGGAAGAGGGCUAAUCCAAUAAGGCCCUGAGCAUCCCACCACUGAACCACUGUCUCCUGAGUGGCAUGACUUGUCGUGUUCAUACCAAUGAUACCCAGAAGGCUCGGGUUACACUGCCUGUCUGUGAGGUACAAACCACAAGUCAGUUGACCAAUGUCAAAAAAACUGCUGUGUUUAUUGAUACCAAGUAGAGAAGCAUCUUAUAUAAUAGUUUCAAACUUUCUGAAAAUGCUUGGUUUAAACAAUGUAUUACCCAUUCCACACACCAGUCUACACGCCAGUCACACACUAGCCAUUAUUGCUGCUGAGGAUUUUAUACAUUGACAAAGGCACCAUGCUCCAUGAGGAUGGUUUUGUAGCAUGAUUGUCCUACAGGUUUGGGCAAUAUUUGAUAUUACAAUUAAAAGAUUUGACACAAUCUUACCAGGCUCAUUUGUCAUGGCAGACCAGGUCAAGUACAUGGUGUAGAGCGUCACCAGGGAUGACUGGAGCAGGCCGGAACGUGGCUGGGACUCCUUCACACACACACAUUUAUUUUGUACAUAGUGGCAUUAAAACGGUCAAUUGAAUUGAGUGCAUACGUUUAUGUGUGUGCACUUGUUUAUACUACCUAGUCAGGAACAAUUCCUGACAAAACACCGUCCUGGUGGGGACCUUCUUUAUGGGAAACUUUUGCCAGCCCCCACCAGUCCAAACCUCAAUUUGAGGUUGCAAAUGUCAAAGUAACUGGGUCAUUAUGAUUAGCUCUAGGUUUGGUGCAGAGUCAUGGUUAAGGUGAGCCAUUUGUUUUGGGUGUGUGUGUUUGUGUCUAUACCUGAAUUUGAGGAAGCACAGACAUGACGGAGGCAGCAAUGCAGAGCAGCAUGUUGAUGCUGAUGAAGACCUUGUUUUCAGUGCAGUUGUCUGGGCGAGUGUAAUAAAUGAAGAACAAGACCAGUGCAAGCAGAGACAGCAGGUAGUUGACGGCAGUGACGGACAGCAGUGCUGAGAACAAAGAUUGUCAAAGAUGAAAUCUCACUCUCCGUUCAUCUUUAAAACAAUAUUCAUGCCACCUGCAUUCAUCGUCUGUUUGAUCAAAACUGAGCUCGAGACCCACAACUGAUGGAUGGCUCCUCUUGGGUCAACGUACCUGCGUACCAGCAGCGAGAGUUUCCCUCCUCCAUGUUGUCCACCCAAGACUCGUUCCAGGAGUGUGCAAAGUCGAUGAGUAAAACCAGCUGAAUGAGAAUGAAGCAGAAGGCUCCAGCCAUACCCACGUAAAACCAGACUGUGAACAGAAGCACAGAUGAUGUUAAAGUCAUCUCUUGCUGCUUUAAGUGCGACAACUUCCAUGGCCAUGAUCAAACCUGAGUCAGGAAGAAGACAAAAACUUGAAGUUAUACUAGCAACAAACCCAGUGUUCUUCCCAUGGACCCGCACUUAGUCUUUUUACUUCAUACACAAAAGCAGAACUACCUGUUGUAAAGGAGCCAUCAGCGAUGAAGAAGGAUCCAACCACAAUCGCAGUUGCAGCUGCAAACUUGAAGAACCAGAACCUGCAGAAAAGACAUUGACUCAGAUGCAAAUACAGAUGUCGUCUCUCUAGCAGUUCCUUGCAGAACAACUUCCAAAGAAACCAUUUCUUUGGAUGGUAGUGGUAGUUCAAUGCAAAUAUCCCAACACUCCAAUUCACCAAAUCUAAAACAACAUACUCUGUUGCCUAUUUCAAGUGUUCCUUAUAAACAUGACCAUGUCAAACAAUUUUGAGAACCUUCAGAUAGCUUGCCAAAAGGUUUAAAUGGACAUAAUAGGUGAUGGAAAACAACUUAAACUUCACAUUUUGCUGGGAUAUGAAGUCCAAAGAAAUGACAAAAUUGAGGUCUGGAUUAACUGAAUAAGAGUUGAGAGUUUCAUUGAUCAAGGAAUCAUUGCCAGCCAUUCGACCUAGCAGGAUAUAUUGUGUUCAGCAUAACGUGAAUUAUGCUGAAAAAAAAAACAGGCAGAGUACGAUACAGUUUCUCCAUCUCAGUUUCAAAACAUUCCUGGCGGAAACCCAUGUUACAUGUAUAUUGGUGCUUUUGAAUUGUUCACACAGACCAAUGAAGACCUCAUGAUUCAAGAACUAGAGCUCUCUGUUACGUGCCUCAUGGUUCAGGCAUCACAGGGUUAAUAUCUGGAGGUUUGACUUCUGACGCAUGUUCAUGUACCAAGCACGACAUAUUCCUGUUUCACUGAUGCUAAAUACAAUCAGAACCCUAUGGACCCUAAAUGACAGUUUUGCAGGUUUCCGUGUAAUGUGUGCAACACAGUAAAUUGUUGAAGAAAUCUGUAAGUAGAAUCGUAGAUGGAAAUGCUAUAAAAUCACCUGUUUCAUUUUCUUUCACUGCCAUUGAGAAUCAAUAAGAGAGUUACUAAGGAACUGAAUUGUUAAACAGCAAAAACGGAAUCAAAAAGAAAAAUUAAAUCUGUUCAAAUGUCAU